AUGAAGCAAGCCAAUGACCUGCAGGCGAGGCGCGCUGAUUUUCGAGUUAUUAGGUUUGACCAGACGACUCUAAAAGCAUGCUUUAUCACCGAUUAUAAUGACAGCCCGACCGUCACCAGCCGCGAAUGGAGCUGGAUGCCUCUGGAAGUGAUUCUUGAUUCAUAUCUUCAAAUGAUCGAUGACGAAAAGGUACAGACGAUUUCCGAAGAUCAGGCAAAACUCGUCAAAAGCGACCCUAGUUGUUCAGUAGUGGACCAGUGGAUAAUUCACCAUUACACGAAUACAGACCUAGAACGUGCAACCAAUGCUUUCAAGCGUCUGGUGCAAGCGAUUGGAUCUCGAAUCCCGCACGAAGCCGACUCGACUCCCAUGAACUUGCCGUGGCAUGAUCCAGCAACAUUUUUAAACCAGGACAUCCUCCCGCCUUUCUCAUUUGCGUACAAGUUCCUCAAGGCCAUUUCCAACUGCAAAGUUCGAUUCCGGUACAUCGCACCGGGCAUCCGAUUCCCUACCGUCGCCGAAUUUCAGGACCAGCCCAUCAUGGACUUUGUUACAUCGCCAUACAACCAUCACGGACAGUUCCCUGGCAAUUGCCCUCUGCGGAUCUUCCAGAUCGGCGAUGCCGAGCACCAGCAGCAGCUAGUACCGCAUGAUGAGGCUUUCGGCCUCCGCAAUAUCGCCGCCGGACUCUACUUCCGUCCUGUUGCGCAGCGAUGGCCACUCUUCUGGACCAACGGAUGUCGACUUAUACUACCUUAUGAAAUUGGGGGCUCUGGAUGGGCUCGACAGUCAAAUGGAGAACCGUUCGGGUUGGAAUGGUAUUGGGGCGGAGACGACGUGAAGCCUCGUGAUACCCAUGGGGACUUGUAUCAGGGCGGGACUAUAAACGGGAUUACGAACGAUCAUUUGGUGCAGAUAGAUAAGGUGCUGAACAACUGGGCAGAUCGGGUUGAGAGGGGCGAUUGGGAGGUGGAUGAGAAUGGGGUCGCCGGGGGGAUUGACAAGUUUCGAGAGGCCGAUACGGAGGCGCAUUGGCAUAAGUAUUGGAUUCCACCGUCGUGGUGA